AAUUUACUCGAAUUGUAUGAUUUAUGAACUCAGUUCAUCGAAGCAAUAUAUAUUUGUUUAUAGUAAUCGUUAUAUUCGGUGUAGGUCGCGAUAAACUUUCACUCUAUGUGUAGAUAGUUGAUAUAGAUAAAUAUAUAAAUAUACAUAUUACAUGGAUGUGUUCGACUCCGUAGAUAUUCAACAUAGAGUCUCAAGGCCGAAAUAUAUAAAUGUAUCCACACCCUAGGCACAUAAUGUAACCUGGUGCGAAAAAAGUGAUUUUGCUCAAUACCAAUAGAGGGAAUCAAAAGUGCAGAAAUCGACAUUUUGCGUCGUGAAUUAAGAUUCAUCGUGCAGUGCUCAAAUCCACUCGCGGACCGCGUAGAUUCUGUGCGAAUAUGAACGAUCGCCGCGACGCAAUAUCACGUUAAGCUGGACUUAUCAUGUACCUGGACAUUUUCUCGAUACAAUUAUAAUUCUACGACUGUCCUUGAGAAAAGUGAAACGAUACGAGCCGACUGCCAAGCUGCUUGACGGAUCUGCCGAGCCCGCAUUAUCUGUGAUAUACAGCUCAGCCUGUCGUCCGUCCUAUAAGGGCUGGGCCAAACGGGGCUAGAGGCGUAUCCACGACAGCUUCAGUGGUGAUCUCACCUGGUCCUCUGCCACAGAGGCACUAAACACUGCUACCUGCUUUUUGACUGCAUCACUACGAACCAUUGUUACUUAGUCUUUAAUGAAACAAUAUGCAAUCUGUGAAAAUAAACAUAAUACUAGGUGGAUAUUGUAGAAAAUUAUUCUAUUUAUAAUAUAAUUGUCUGAUGUCUAAAGUUUCUGUAAUAUUAUGUGUUCCAUGUCUAAUUAAGGAUAAUUGUUACUCCAAUAUUAAUACUGUUACCGAACCAAUGCAAUGUAAUCACUUCACCUCUAUGUCGGUGAACACAAAUAAAUUUGGUGCUUUUAAGCGAGUCGAGAAGAAUGAGAGUCAGCGAGUUAGUGUAAAAAUGGUAGAUAAUAAUAUUUAUAAUGUAGAAAUUGUUGAUAGUAUCCAACAAAACCAAAUGAUUGGCGACAUGCCGAACUACAGCAUUCCUUUAACUAUUAACGCCAUAACAGUCCAGGGUAUCCCAUACAGUGACCCGUAUUUCUGUAGCUUUAAAUUAAACUAUAAGAUGGUGUCUGAAGCGCCAGAAUAUAUGAACAAGUCUGAUUACGCUUUUAAAUCUUCAGUUUAUGUUAUACGAGAUGAGCCUUGCACAGAAAAGACGCAAUUACUAAACGAAAAGUCUGCUCAUGAUAUGUUAUGUGAAAUGAACACUCAAAUGAUAAAUGACGACAAUCAAAGAACACACCAUGACAAUAAUGUUUUGGAAGUUGGUAACAAGAAGAGUUUACCAGUAUUGAAAACCUUCGCAAACGGUGAUCUCACGUUCGACGGAAUGCUGGAUAUGAUACAAAAGGAGGAAAGAAUAAUCAAGGAUAUGGCAAAAUGCUCGGAAGUGGACUCGUGGGGAGUCCCGCGCCGGAUGAGGCUUUGUGGAGGAGGAGAGAGCUCUCUCAAUGCUGCAAGUGGCUGGGGUAGCCCACCUGCUUCUAAUAAUGCAGGCAACUGGGGUGGCAAUUCUAGCUCCCAAUCUAAUAGUACAAACAAUACUCAGUGGAACAGCACUCAAAGGCCGCCUACAUCACAAGCUGACAUGAACAGCAACAAAGGGAGUAGCAAUCAGAUCCCACCAACCAGUGGAGCCUCCCAGAAUUGGCAGGGCAACUCACAGAACAUGCCAAACGCACAAUCCAACAACAAUGCACCUCCAAGCAAUGGAUCCAAUGGCUCUGCAAAUGGAAAUGGUGGAGGGAGCAACCCUUUGAAUGCGGUGAACGCCAACGGCCCAUCCACUGCCAACGGCAAUGGGAGUGUGAAUAACACAUCUUCGGCCAAGAUUGAGCAGCUGAGCUCCAUGAGGGAGGCCUUGUUUAGUCAAGACGGUUGGGGUGGUCAACAUGUGAAUCAAGACACCAACUGGGACGUGCCCGGGUCUCCGGAGCCGGGAUCCAAGGUGGAGCCGGCGGCAGGGGGUCCACCGGCCUGGAAGCCGAACGUCAACAAUGGAGCGUUCCUGGGAACCGACCUGUGGGAGGCCAACCUGAGGAACGGCGGGCAACCCCCGCCGCAGCCCGCCGCCAAGACCCCGUGGGGCCACACCCCCACCACCAACAUCGGCGGCACGUGGGGCGAGGACGACGACGCCGCGGACUCCGCCAACGUGUGGAACGGCCCGCCGCCGCCGCAGCAGUGGCCCGCCGGCCCGCCGCAGCACACGCAGCAGUGGGGCGUCACGAAGAAGGACGACUGGAACGCGUGGGGCGAGCCGCACCGGCCCGCCGACCCCCGCCUCGACCCGCACCGCUCCGCCGAUCCGCGCCAGGCGGCCGACCCCCGACACGACCUGCGCGGCGGCAUCUCCGGCCGCCUCAACGGCGAUAUGUGGAGCCAGCACCAGCACACGGCCGGACCCAACAAGAUGAUGCCACCGGGCGCCGUCAACCAGUGGGGAUCACAGGGUCCCAAAGACGGCAUCAAGGCUACUGGAUGGGAGGAACCGUCCCCACCCGCCGCACGACGCGCCGGCGGUGGCUUCGACGACGGCACGUCGUUGUGGGCGCAGCGUGGCAUCAGCGGCAUGCGCGCGCCGCAGGGCCCGCCGGCGCCGCAGCGGAUGCCGCCGACGCCGACCAAGCCCGACGCCGUAUGGAGCCACUCCCAGCGCAACGGCUCGUGGGAGGAGCCGCACACGCCCGGCUGGCCCGACCGCGACGUGCCCGCCUGGCCCGACGCGGCCGGCCCCGGCAUGUGGAAUAUGCAGAAACCCAAGCCCUCCGGACCCACCGGCGGCUGGCCCGACGACAUCAACGAGUGGGGUGGACCCAAGCCGCCCCAGAUGGGCGGGCUCGGCAAGCAGUGGACCAAGGAGAUGGUGUGGAACAGCAAACAGUUCAGGUACCUAGUCGAGCUCGGCUACAAGAAGGAGGAGGCCGAGGCGGCUCUUCGCAGCCGGGACAUGAACGCUGAAGAGGCUCUAGAGCUGCUGGCGGCGGCGCGCGGAGACGGAUGGCGGCGCGACGAGCACUUCCCGCACCACGGGCCGUUCCCGCAGCCCAGCGUGCCGGCGGUGUCGCCAGCUGUCGUCCAGAAGCUGCUCAACCCCCCGCCCCCGCCCUCCGUGCAACACCACCCCUCGUAUAACCCCAACAGCGGAACAAGCAACAGUGGUCAACCUAGCACGGCUCAGCUGCGCAUGCUGGUGCAGCAGAUCCAGAUGGCGGUGUCUGCAGGCUACCUCAACCACCAGAUACUCAACCAGCCCCUCGCUCCGCAGACUCUGGUGCUGCUCAACCAGCUCCUGCAACAGAUCAAGGUGCUGCAGCAACUUGUGCAGCAACACACCAUUGCGAUAUCGAAGGCCAACUCUUCACUCGCUCUGCAGUGCUCCGUGCAGAUCUCCAAAGCCAAGCAGCAGAUUACUGCUUUACAGAACCAGAUCGCGACUCAGCAAGCGCUGUACAUGAAGCAGCAGACUGGAGGCAGCGACUUGUUCAAGCAGAGCCACGACCCUCUCAACACUCUGCAGAGCAACUUCAGUGACAUGGGAAUCUCUAAAGACUCACAAUCAGGAUAUGGUGCUGGCAAUCAACAAUCAAGACUAAACCAAUGGAAGUUGCCAUCCCUGGACAAGGACGGUGACGGUACUGACUUCAGCCGUGCCCCAGGCACAGCCAAAUCCACCACCAGCCCACCACUCAACCAGAUUGGACUGCAGCCUGACUCCACAUGGGGCGUGGGUCGCGAGGGGUGGGGCGAGGGCGGGGCCGACGUGGCGGACGGCAAGGACGCGUGGCCGGCGCACCCCUCACACCCCCCUGUAUACGACCUGGUGCCGGAGUUCGAGCCCGGCAAGCCUUGGAAGGGUAACCAGAUGAAGAAUGUCGAAGACGACCCUGCGAUGACUCCCGGUUCGGUAGGCCGGUCCCCGCUGUCUCUGACCGCUAUCAAGGACACGGACAUGCUGAGCGGGAAGACGUCUCCGCCGGGCGGGGAGCGCAGCCUCUCCUCGUCCACUUGGAGCUACGCCCCCCCGGCCACCAGCGCCAGCGGGCUGAAGCCCGGGGACGCGUGGGGCUCCAAGCCCCGCCCCGCGCCGCCCGGCCUCAACAAGUGGCCGCAGCACCACGGCAACGCCCGCGCCGUGCCCGCCUGGCAGGCGUCCACAUGGCUCCUGCUGAAGAACCUCACUGCUCAGAUCGAUGGAUCGACGCUGAAGACGCUCUGUCUGCAACAUGGGCCUCUGCAAAACUUCCAUCUCUACCUGAACCAGGGUCUGGCUUUGGCCCGCUACUCUACUCGCGAGGAAGCUGCUAAGGCUCAGAUGGCCCUCAACAACUGCGUGUUGAGCAACACGACGAUCUUCGCGGAGUCGCCCGCCGAGUCCGAGGUGCAGAUGAUCCUGCAGCACCUCGGCUCCGGCGGCGGCGGCGGCUGGCGCAGCGGCGGCUCCAAGGACGGUUGGGGCAGCGGCUUCCCGAGCCUGUGGCCGGAGCAGCACGAGCAGCGCGGCACGCCGUCGUCGCUCAACUCGUUCCUGCCGCCGGACCUGCUCGGCGGCGAGGCCAUCUAAGCGCCCUCCCCCCUCAGCCCCCCGCGUCUAGUGUAAUUACGCUUCACCGGCCCCCGUACGGGGUCGGACUAAUUUUAUUCGCCUAGUCACGUGGUACCGGCCGCGCCUCGUCGCCGCGCGACGCGCCGCGGCCGCGGUAGCCGACUGUCCACAAUACUAUUAUCUACUGUGUCGUAAGUGUUCAUGUAGAUUACUUAGUGUAAAUAAGAAUUAUAUACAACGGCAGACAUAUAAUGUACGGAGGUUAUAGCUGGAGAGGGGGCGCGGGCGGCGGGCGCGGGUGUGACGCGCGCGCGCCGCCCGCACCCCCCGGAUCUUACCAAAUAACGUAAGCUAUGGGAUGUAGAGUAGAUGCGUCGCGGGCUACCUCAGUCACUCGCCCCGUGGCCUUAUUUUAGUCUGUAUUUAUUUUGUUGCGCCCGGCGGAUGUUGCUGUUUCGCGCCGGGCGAUUACGUUCCGAGUUUCUUUCGUGUUUUUUUUAUUUGUGGUUUUAUUGUACCGUCUCGUAUUUUAAUUAUUUAUUCUGUUUAAAAUUCUCAUGCGCGUUGAGCCUUCGUUUUCCAGUAGUGAUAUUUUUAUUCAGCAAUAAAAGUGUAAGUGCAUUUCGCCCUACUAACAAAGAUUUUAUAAUUAGUUUGUAAUUUUUUAUAAAAAUAAACAAAAAAAUUGUAAUCGAUGAGAUUCGAAGUGCAUUCUUGUAGAGAUAAAUUCCUUUAAGCCGCAUAGUCUGAGAUGGGAGCCGGCGGGCGAGCGGCGGGCGCCGGGGUCCUGUGAUGUAAAGUAUCUUGCCUAAUGUAAGGAUAUAAUCUAUUUUAUUGGAGAAGAGAGUCGCGACCGCCCUCGUCGUAGUCGAGUUUUCCCCAAAUUUUUUCCAGUAUUUGUGAUUCAAGUGCCACUUUAUGUUUAAUAUAUGAAACGAUUAUUAACUAGAUUAUACGACUAAUGUAAGGGUAAUCUAAUAUAUUAAAUUGAAAAUUGUUUUAUCAUUUUAUAUUACAUACAUUUGUGAGAAGUGUUAUAAAGUACUAUAAUUGACGGUAAUUUAAAUAUUACACUUUUGUGUAUAGUUAAGGAUAAAGUUCUAACUUAAAUUUAGCCAUAUCAAUAUCUAUUUAAUAAAAGAUUUGUGGUAUUUUCUAUAGGCUCAAUUUGAACGUUAUUCAAAGUGACAUAUGCUUUAGAUAUUCUGUUAAUAAUAUACUUGUAGCGGUAGGUCUCUCGGUAUUACAUCAACUUAGCUUAAGCGUACACCUAAGUCCUACGAUAGUUUCUUAAGCGUACUACUGAUAUUUUACGGCAACGAUCGCACUUGUAAAUGUUCGUUACGAUGAAAAAAUUUAUUUACAAUUUUAUUUACUCUUUAAUUUAUUGAUGGUGUGCCACAGAGAUACUCUGCCAAAAUAUAUCAUUACCAUAUGCGGGGUCGGCCCGGGCCCGGCUGCGCCGCUGCGCGGGCGCGACCGUCGCCGAGUACGCGGACGUGUGUGGUAUUUUGAGCAUCUUCCAGUGAUCUUGAUAACGACGUAGUGCUAAGUUAGCUGUAAGUGAUUGCUGUACCUUAUCGGGUCUCGCGCUCGAGGACUCUUCACAAAUUUAUCUAGUAAGUUAGUCGAUUGCGAGGUUGGGAUAUUCGUGCGUUUGGACUCUUCGACCGCUUCGGACCUGUAGUUCUAGCGUUAAAUGUUUCUCUGUAUGUGUUCAAAUAGAAGAUAUUUAGCAUUUCGUCUUGAUGUUUAUCAGUGAUCGUGACCGACCGCCGCGGCGCCGGCGAAGUCAUCUCAUCGUCUGCACGUUCCGUUGCCGUGCCCCGGCCCGCCCGCCGCCCGCCGGAGGCACUAGUCACCGCGCGAAACUCGAUUAUUUGCCUAGACGAGAACCCACGUGUCGACCGACGCGACGUAAACGUUUGGUGCCAAAGAAUGUGUAUCAAAGAUAUUAUGUUUGGAAUGUGACCGAUCGCAUCUCUGCUGAGACAUAUCUUCCAAAUUAAUUUGAAAUUAGUUUUCGGUACGGGUUAUUGAUCUGAUGUUCCUAAAACGUUCGUGUUACAUCUAUGCAACAGCGCACGCGUUACUACAUGCCUCCUGUCAAUUCUACCGUUGUCGAGCUCAAUUCGUGUGUGGGUCGUCGUUUCGUAUCGUUUUGAUAUAGGAAAAUUUAUAAAGUAUAAUUUGUAAACGGCGUUAAGUCCAAAUCGACGCAGGAUGCCUCAUGCCGUAAGUCCGGUCGUAACGUGAAUUUAGUACAGCAAUAAAAUAGAUAAAUAAAAAGAAGUUAAUUUUUAUAAAAGUUUUCGUAUUUUCAAGAGGUGAAAAAAGACAUGAGUAACGAAAGUAUAAGUAUCCAGUGCCCCGUAGAGUAUGUUGUCCAUAGAUUAAAGACGAAAGAAGUCAUGCCUUGAAGUUAGUCAGUUAACGUAAUCAGUACUUAAUGAGUAUAAUAAAGAGACAUAAUAUAAGCGUUGUGGUGUAGCGGUGUUAGGUGUGUGCGGCGCGCACGCUCGUGUGCCCGCAGCCCCGCCCGCUCGGCGUCGCGCGCACGCGGCGAGCGGCGCGCCCGCACGUAGGUUGUGAGAGUGGCGCUAGCGCCGCCAACGGAAUCUCCUCUCGGUUCAAGGACUGCAUUCUUUCCUGCACACGAUUGCGCCACGUGCAAUUUAGUCUGUGUUAUUAUUACGUUGUUGUAUAUUUAUACCUUACACUUAAAUGUAGUAUGUAUAUAAUGUGAAAUUAUAUUCUUAAAAGAUUUUAAUACGCUUUUCGCUUUCACUUUCUAACAUUUUUUCGUGACUCGUUUCUGUUAUUUAGAGUAAAUUUACGUACCUAAAAGUAAUUAUAUAUAACGAUUAUCAUAGACGUAAAAUGUAAGAAUAUAAAUAAUAAAAUUAAUAAAACGUAAAAAAUGUAAAAAAAAAAUAAAAAAAAAACUUAAAAAUAAAAAAUCGUAAAAAAUAGAAAAGCAAUGAAUAAAAACCAAUGAUUGUGCCUCAAUGAAGUGUGGUACGGUUACCCGGCACGACGGCAGGUGCAGUUUUCUCGGGAACUGGACGAGUAAUGAACUGUGCGCUAGGCACCGCUCGCCUUGUGUAAACAUAUAUGAGCUUAGCUAUUUUACUUUUUAUUAUAAGUGUUAUGACAUCAAUCGACAUUUUAUAUAUUAUAUAUACCGUGUAAAUAUUUUUAUCUAUUUAUUUGGGUUAUUUUCAUGAUGUUAAGCCAUCGAGCGCAUCGGCAUCGGCCCGGAGGCCGCGCGCCGCACCAAGCCAAAGCGCCGGCCGCACUCGGCGACAUCACAAACCGCAAACGUACUCGUACAAAUGAGCCAUUUACUUCCAAGCUGCUCCGGCAUUUCGCUCGGUUCGUCCGCGUGUAGUCUCGACGUCUCUCCUCCCGUCAACCCACCGGGGCUGCUCCGUCGAUCGAGCACCGAAGCACAAAACCCCGGACAUCCUCGUUCUUUUGAAUGUCGAAUUUUAUGUGAUACAUAGAUUAAUUUGUUUAAGACGUUAUUAUCGACGGUGGGGUACGAUCGUCAGUGGAUCUCGGCGUCAGCCGCCGCUGGACUCUCGUAGGGACCAAUAUGUUAGUCGAUCCGGACCGGUGUCGGUGGAAGGACCUUUUGAUUUGAGGUUCAAUUUGUUGUGUUUGCUCGUAAUGUUUUUGUACGUUAACGUCGACGUCUCGGUACAGACGCUGAGUGGGAUUUGUCGCUUGCGCCGUGAUGACUCGGAUCGGUUUCAGCGCCUCUAGCGGCGCGAUUGGGAACUAACUGCGAGUGUCCGGCGGACAGCGACAGUUCGCAGUCGGCGGUGGUCAGGUGAUCGCGUGCAACUAGUCUUCCUUAGGGCGGGGUCGGCCUCUAGUCUCGUUCCGUGGUGCGAUAAUACCAAAUACGGCUCCGGCGGUCCGGGCAGCUUGGAGCCCCGCGAGCGACGGCCGGGUAGUAUUAUAAUAUUGCAUUUAUUUCUCAUUCGUCGUAGUCACUCGAGAAUAUAUUUGAGCUAACGCCUAAAAUUGUAAUAUCAGAGUUUAUUUAGGAUGUUUCAUAUUAUACAUUUUAGCGUUUAAAGUAUCUAAAAUUUACCUUAAUUAUAGCGAAUGGAUUUUUGUAUUAUCGGUAUAUAGUAGCCGUAAGACGAAGCGUGUUCUCGUGGACGCGCGCAACUUAAAAUAAUAAUUGUACUGAGUGACUUUACGUGUAAACAGAGGGCCAUCGAUUAAUAUGUCGUAGUAAGCUAAAUUCUCUAUUUGGUAAUAUAAAUGUGAUUGCUGAGAAUAUUUUUAGCCGCCGUAUAUAUUGUAAUGUUAUCUAUCGUAGGUCAGUACGGCUCGCGCGCGACCGUCUGGGCUACGGUUGAGCCUUCGUUGAAUAUUGUUAUCCGUGUCCCUCGUGCGUAUGAAGGAGAGGGAAUGAUUUACGACGGGAUUGGCGUACUCAGAUAGUCGCGUUCGGGCCCGAGCGUGCCGGGUCUAGUGGCCCGCACGCCGACGCCGUAGUAUAGUCGGUUAUCUCGCAUUUGUCUCGUUGGAGAGCGUGUGCGACCCACCCCAGCGAAGUAAUUGAUGCAGUAGACUCCUGCUGCGCAUCACAGCACACCGCUUCUCUAGUCUCUCUCGCAUUCGUACAUCGCUUUAACGACUUUUUGUUAUCGAGCAUAAUUUUAUUCGUAUCCUAAUAAAGUCCUAGUUGUAUUAUCCUUUCGUUAGAUCUCUUUUGUACCUGUGGAGUUUGUUUACCGUUCGCGCGAGCCCGCGUCGAAGUCCUCGCGACGUCGCGGGGUGCGUGUGCGGCGGCCAUCUUGCGUGUCGCCGCUUCUCAGGGCGGACGCUAAACGCUGCGCGACAAUAUAAUACAUGUUCAUGUUUAUUUACCUACGUUGAUUCGCGUUUGGCCCGCUCUCGGAAAGUGGUAUUGUUACAACAUCACGUUUUCAACAUCUAUUUGCGCAUCGUAUGUCUCUCUUUACUCGUACGCCGGGGAAAGAGACGCACGACGCCCGCUCCACACGCAGCCCCGCCCCCACAAAGCGCACCAACGACCAAUUCACAAGAAGCACAGAGUAGGAUCGGCGUCCGAACGAUACUCUGCGGUGUUACGUUAGUCACUAUUGUACCUUGUUUGUACUUGAAUAAAAAAAAAUAACCCUAUGUAAGUGAAAAAGGGAGCGUUUGAUCCAAUUCUGAAAAUAUACUUAAUUUAAAUUUUAACAGACUGAUAUCUGUGAUUAAGAAAAUAUUUUUAAUAUUAUCCAGGGAGUCAGAUGAAUAAAAUAUUUAUUUUAUUAGAUGUUUCACGGUGCCGUGCGCCGCCGCCGAGACGUAACUGCUUCGCAUAUUUUUUUAACUUUAGCGCGUACGCCGUACGCCGUACGCGAGUCAUUUUUCGCUCAAACUCUUUGAUUUAUGAACGAGUGUUUUAUUAAUUUGUGUGUUGAUGUGUUUUAGUGAACACUAGUAUUCCCGUGGGGUCGACGCCACUGACUCGAAUGUAAAUUGUAAAUAAACGUUUUGCCUUACCACAGAUUUAUUUCUGUUAUUUUUACAUAGCUUUUUAAUUUUUAUUGCAAUAAAAUGUAUACAAAUUUAACAUUAGAAAGCGUUUGCUUGUUACUCAAAAUAUUAUUUUUGUAAAAAAUAAAAAAAAAACAAAAAAAAUCUACUUAAUUCUGACUGAUCUUGUGGAAAUAUGCUUCCAUGCUUAUGAUACGUUUUUAAAUCAUGUAAUCAUAUUGUGCAAUUAGCUUGUUAUAUUUUGCGCUGUUAAGAGUAAUUUUAAGAGUAUAGUGGUGUUGACCCUACUACAUAUUCCAUUUCACGAAGUCAGAUCGGCCGGUAACUAGCCAUCGCGACCACGAUUUAGCCGUCGUGACUACGAGUUAGCCGUCAUGACUAAGAGUUGGCCAUCGUGACUUUGUGCGGUGGAAUGUGGUGACAUCGCUUUCCCAUAGACAACAGACUGAACGUUUGCUGAAUACCACCGAUGUCAGUUGAAUUUCGUUUGUAAUUUUGAUCUUAACGUUGCAUAUCGUCUAACAUUUCUUAUUCGUAUCGUUUCGUUGUAAUUCAUAUCCGCGACCCCUCCUGUUAGGUUUUUAUGAAGUCCCUAAGUUAACAUAAUAACGGAGAAAUAACUUAAUCGCCUAUAGUAUUCGUAGUUCGUACGACAUCUCUCUAAAUAUUAACGAUUGGCGUUGUUUUUUAUGAUAAAAUAUAUUUUUGGUACCACCUUUGAGUUAAAGUACAACGUAGAUUAGAAGUAUUUCAGUGACGUUAAAUUUACUAUCAAUAAAAAGGUAAUCAAUAGUUUUAUACGUCGAUAAGUGAUAGGUUUAAGCCGUUUCGUCUCUAAAUAUUGGUAAUUCUCAGUAACGUAAUAUUAAAAACAUUUUAUCAAUAGACUUUGUAAAUCUCUAGUGGAGAUUUUAUUUCUUAACGUAGUAUUAAAGUUGAAACAGGUACUGUAUGUUGUAAUAUUGUGUAACAAUUGUAAGGGAUAAUGUAAUCUGUCCCUGUCACCUGUUUCAGAAGGCCUAAUGCGGGUAUUUACACGCGUUCCCCUGUUGGAGUCUUGCGCGUCAACUCUUUUACCGAUCAGCAUAAUACUGAAAUGACGUUUGACGUUCUCUGCCGCUAGAUGGCGCUUCAACAGCAUCACAGAACAUAAUGGUAAAACAGUUCUACGCUUGGCGACGAUAGGGGGAUGUUGUCGAGUAGUUAGCAUUGUAGCGAGGAUUUUUUAUUUAUUGUAAUAAUUUGGGAGUCGGGACGAGCGAAGGGCGGCUGUCAAAUUAUCCAGUGAGUC